AUGAGCUCCAAAGUUCGCAUUCUAUCGUCGAAUACACCACGCUUGCGAUUACUCGAGCAGGCAGUCGAGAGCAAGCAUGAAGAAGUCCUUCAACUGCGUAACGAAGCUGAUAGUCUGCGUCAAAGACAUUCUAGUAGGAAGUGCAACACCGAUGCGGCACAAUCUGACCUGGCUCACCUGAAAGCUGAACACUCGCAUCAUCUUUCCGGUGUGGACGACGCGUCAAUAUCUAUCAUCAAGCUACGGACGCAGCUUCUAGCGUCUCUUGGUUGUGGCUUGGCGGAUCAAGGAUGUAUAGAGGCUAUUACAGCGGAGAAGACGGAGGAAUUCUGGUCCUACUUGGAAAGAGUUAAAUCUUCGAGGCCGAGGACUGCUGCUGUCUCUCGCGCGUGCACAGAAGAUUCGAAGUCAACAUCCCAUCCACCUGAGCCAGAUGAUAUCACUGCAUCGGAAUUGACAGCACUACUCGUGAGACAGUGUAUGGACCUUUAUGAAAAGGCAGGAAAGCUUCCAAGCUCUACAGGCCUUCCCGGUCAAUGCAGGCGGCUAUGUGAUAUAGCGCGUACCUUACAGUAG